CCCUCUGUGCGGUGGGAGUGGGCAGCAGCGUUCAGUGCUGUUUCCAUGCAAGGAGGAGGAGGCAGCACCCUGUUUGAUGCCUGGCCACACGCCUGGACUUGCUGAGCCUCCGCCCCACACCUGGGCUCCACCCAGCUCCAUGGGGGGCUGCCCUGGUUCCCUGCGCUCCUGCAUGUCCUGGCACACUUGUCCCUGCCCACCCCUGUCCCAGCUCUCUGCUGGUGCUUCUCCUCACCCGUGACUGCUUGUGGUGGGUGUCUUGUCCCACCUGCCAUGCACUCCUGCUCCUCAGCCAGGUCCUCCCCGUCUCUCAAAUCCCCUGGGCUCAUCUCUGAAAUAGUUUUGGAGUUUCCCCCCAAGUGUUUCAUUCCCUAUUUGCAUCCCCCAGGCUCACUCUGAGCAGCCCGAGUUUGAAGUGAAGUUGGACAAGGGGGGCUCAGCCACCCAUGUGCCAUCAGUAAAUAGCCACAGCCGGGGGCUUUUUGUCCCAGAUUUAGUACCUGUGGCCUGGGGCUCUGUUGGGAGGGCAGGAGUUGUUUCUCCCCUCUCCUUGCCCAGAUCCCUGUUUUUUUGCAGCACUUUGGAAACACUUUGUUGUGGGUGAGGGCUGUGCCCGCUGCUCCAGGAGCUGGUCUGUGGCUGGGCAGAGCGGGUGGCCCCAUGGCCCCCAGGCCACCAGUCCUACCCCAAAACCAGCCUGGCCUUAGGCACGGCUUUUCCAGCAGCUUCCCAGCCAGGAGAGCUUCAAAAAGCCACCACCAUAGGAACAGGCACCGGGCUCAACCAAAUCCAGAGCUGCCACUGGUGCUGGGAGGGAGUGCUGCCAGCAGUGCCAGCCCCACUGGUGCAGGGGACAGUUUGGGGCCAGCUGAUGGUGUCUGCUUGGGACAGGGCCAGCAGCACAACGCCGGAGGGUUUGUUUCUCUGGUGGUGGAUGAACUGUGGCCACAAGAUGACACAGGGAUCAUGGGGAUUGCAGGAGCCACAGGGAGCCUCUCCCAGGCCAGGUGUUGGAGCCCCAGGUGACAGCGGGGUGCGGGCAGGUCCCCACUCCUGGAUGAUCAACCCUGGCGCUCCCUCCCCUGCGGGGACACUGGAAAGGCGUCGGGGCUUGUCCGGGGCGGUGGAGGCAAACUCCAGCCUGGAGUUCCCUGGCUGAGGGGCUGCUCCAGCCUGAGAGGGGAGGUUGUGGAGGCUGUGGGGGGGAGCACAGGAACCUCCUGACACCGCCGGGCUGAGAACGGGCCACAUGUGACAGCAGUGGCCACGUGGAGGGUCCUGGCACCUCCUGCCCUGCACUGGGCUUUGCCGGGGGGCUCCCUCCUGGCAUCCCCUGGUGAAUGUGGGGUGUGGUGGGGGGCCUGGGUUAGUGGUGGUAGGAGCUAAGUAGUGGCCCCCCAAACUGGUUUGGCUCGUUUCAAAUGCUCCUUCUCAGCUUAUCUGGCUUCAAAGGGCUCCUGCUCCAUCCCACGCACACAAACAUGCUCCCUGUGAACCAGGGGGAGCCCCCUGCAUCCCAAAAAAUGUAUGUGCCCCCCAAGCUCUGCCUCUCCUCCAUCUUCUCCUUCUGGCACCCCCAAACCCUCCCUGUUGCACCCAUGGGUGCCCUGAGCUGCGUGUUCAGGGGGAUGUGGUGGGAAGGACACAUUGGAUCAUGGCCAUGGUGCCGGUGGGGAUCCCUGGGGACUCUUUGCAGCAUCCUGAAGGUGGCCGAGACGUGGCUCUGCUGUGGGGGCUGGCCCCCCCCAGACCCCUAGCCGUGCUGAAGAUUUCAAGGAGUCCCGGUGAGCCCCGAGAUCCCAGCCUUGGCGGGGAGGUGAGCGGGUUCCAUGCAAAAUCCCGGUGAGGAGACUGGUUGGGCGAGGUGCGGGGCGGGCCCCCGCGCCCCACGCCCGCCGCAGACGCCGGCGCCCACCCGCACCCCGCAGCACCCAGGGGUGCACCUGCCUGCCCGAGGAUGCUGCAGGACAGCGGCCCUCCAGGGCCACCCAACCAGGUACGUGCCGGCCACUCGCUCCCGCGGCCACCGUUGCUGCUGUCCCCACCGCGGGUCCCUGGGGAGAACUGGUGUCAGUCGCCCUGCCACUCACCCUGUCCCCAUCCCCUGCGCAGGCUGGUGCCAGGGGACAGGGACUCCAACAUGUGGGUCUGGUGGCUGCCCAACACUGGCCAGCUGUGGCCAGAAGGCUUUUCCCUCCCUCCUUGUUCCUCCCUCCCUGUGUCCCUCGGUGUCCCCAGCGUGGCUCCUGGCACGUGCGCGCGGUGUCCGGGCUGCGUGGAGCCACUCCCUGCCCCGACACCGAUGUCCCCCGGCGGGCACAGCCAGCCCUGGGGACUCGGGAGUGGGGACAGGCGUUCUGUGCUGCUCGAGGGGGUGGGAGAGGACACGGUGCUCCCAGGAGCCGCGGGUCCCUGGGAAUGUGGCUCUGUCACCCGGCGAGGGGGUGACAGAGGUGCCUCCAGGCUCGGGAGUGGUCAGCGGCUGCUUUAGGGACCCCGGAUUUGGUUUAUUUAACUCUGUCAUUCCAGCUGUGGUCGGAUCCCCUCGGGAAUCCCUCAAUUUUGCUUCAGAUGUUUUCUUUGUGCUGAUCUGCUGUUUUUAAGCCCCCUGGGUGUAUCCCCCUCCUAUCUGACCCUUUCCCAAUUAACAAACUGCUUGAUGAGGCCAGCGCUGCCUAAUCCAGCUCUAAGCAUUCCUUGAAUCCCCCGGGACCCCCAAAUUUCCAUUCGUCAUCUGCAAGGCAGUGCUAUGCUGGGGAAAUGGGGGCUUGAGAGGGAGACAGAGCUGGGGGAAAGUGAAGCUGCCAGUGGGCUCAGGGUUGUCCCCGGAGCCCCUCUGUCCCCUGGGGGCUGGGGGGGCCUCCUGGGAUGGCCGCGAUCCCCCGGGAUCCUGGCACGGGGACGGCGGGCAAGUGGUGGCUUGCAAUCGGGAGCGAUCCACCCCCUCCGCCCGCUGCGGGGGGAACCCGUGAUUCAUCCGGGCUCGGAGGGUUGGGAGCGCCUGCCGAGCUCUGCCAAAACCCGGUGCGCCCGUGGGGUGGUGCCGCAGCGGGAGAAGAGGGGGGGCCUCGGGGGUUUUCCUGGGUGCUGCACCCCAAAAGGCUCAGGGGUGGCUCCUGGGCUAAAGGGGGCUCCCACAACCCCAGAACUUGGGAGGUGGGUUACCCACCAUGUCAGUCCUUGGCACAUCAGCACGGUGCCACCAAGGGGGAUUUGAGGGACUGUCACCUCAAAAGUGCUGGCUCGCAGCUCUUGCCACCACCCCGCCCCUGCCAUGGCUCCUGCUGACGGCGGCACAUUCCUGGGGACAGCCGCCCUUUUCACCCCCGACCGAAGCGCACACUCGGUGUCACUGCCGGGUGUUGUAAACCCGGCCCAGCCCGGAACGCUGCUGUGGGUGACGCCAAGCGCUGAGCUAGGCCUGGCCGCAGAGCCGGGCCACGCUCACCCCAAACCACCUGGCCGGUGACACGGAGUCACCGUGCCCCUGAGUAAGGGCUGAGCACAGCCACAACUUUGGUCAGGAAUGAGCCGGGUCUGCAGGCCCACGGCAACCUGGCCUGGCAGCAGGGGGAUUUUGGGGGAUUUCGGGAGCUGAUCCCGGGCACAGCGGGCUGGGGGGACGUGGUGUCCCCAGCACGGCUGUGAUGGGGCAGCUCGGCAGGUGGGGCGAGGCUAAUUAGUACCUGUGGUGGCAGCGGGGCCUGAGUCACCGCGUUCGUCACCGCGGGCCCGCGGCGCUCAGCCGCCCCUUUUUUAUUAUUGUUGUUUCUUCAUUCCCCGGCUGAUUUGAAAAGCAAAGCAGGGAGGGCCCAGCCAGGAAUUACUGCAGGGAGCCCCCACUCCAGGCCGGACCCCUGGGCCGGAUGGGGGUCCAGAGUGCUCCUGGACAGUGGCUGGAGAGAUCUGGGGGUCCUGUGGAGGUGGCCAGGGUUUUGUGGUCAGGGCUGGUCCAGGGGUCUCCCUGGUGGUCUGGGACACUCCUGGGAGCUCAUGUGGGGGUCUGGGGCUCACUGGAGUGACAAUCUGGGGGUCCAGAGCUGUACAGAGAGGUCAUAUGGGGGUCCAGAGCACUCUCCUUGGAAGUUUUCUGGGGGUCUUGAGCUCAUUGGAGGGACAUUGUAGGAAUCUGGGGCUCAGUGGCAGGGCCAUGUAAAUCUCUGGAGGUCAAUGGGAGGGUUCUCCAGGGGUCUGGGGCUCUCCUAGGAGACCAUGUGAGACUUCAGGGCUCACUGUGGAGGAACAAUGUGAGGUUCCAGGGCUCAAUGGCAGGGAUCCCUGGGAUCAAUGGGGGAGGCUUCUGGGGGCCCAGGGCUCUUCUGGGAGGCUACCUAGGGGUCUCGGGCUGAUUGAUGGGACAGUGUGGGGAUCUGGGGCUCACUGGUGUGGCUGCCCAGGAGUCAGGGGGUGAUUGUCUGAGGGGAUCCUGGCUUUUCCCAAGGUAGGACCCCCAGACCCCUGACCCACCCACCUCCCUCAUCCCCACGAGGUCGCCCCUGGGCACCUCCACCUGUGGCGGUGACGAUGGCGAUGGUGCCAAUGGUGACAGCGGCCCCGGUGAGGCCCCCUCCUUUUUUUCCUGGCGAGGCGUGGCGGCGGGGCGGGACGGACGGGCCGGGACGGAGCCUCCCUACGGCUGGGGAACGCCGGAACGCCGCCACUGCCGCCGCUCACCUGCGCAGGGCGGCCGGGCUGCCCCUCGCCGCCAUGCAGGAGACUAAUGCCUUCCUGCUGUCGGCCCUGCAGCCCGAGGCCGGUGUCUGCUCGCUGGCCUUGCCCUCGGACCGGCAGCUGGAUGAGCGUGGCCGGGAGGCGGCCGAGGCCCAGCGGCUGCGCAGCGCCCGUGUCCAGGAGCAGGUCCGCAUCCGCAUGAUGCUGCGGGGGCAAGCGCCCGCCCGCCCCGACGACCUCGCCGACGGCACCAGAGGUGGUCAGUACAGCUCCACCCUGCGCUCCUCCUUCAGCUCCCGCUCCCAGAGCAAUGGCGUGGACCCCAAAGCCUCACUGUACCAGCCACUGGUCAAGAAGGAUUUCGGCACGCUGCGGGGCAGCGGCUGGUCCUCCCGCUCGGCCGUGGACCUCACCCCGCACAAGCGCGUGGCCACCAUCAGCAACGGGGGCAUGGCCAAGAGCCGUGCCUACGUCGCCGGCUACGCGGCCUCACAGGUGGCCGCCGCCUCGCCACGGCCCAGCUCCUUCCAUGAGCGCAACUUCCGCGGCCGGCAGAACCUGGACACGCUGUCACUGCGCUCCCUGCGCCUGGCCGACGGGCCCCUCCCGCUCGCCGAUGACCGCUACAGCGUCCUAUCGGAGCAGCUGGACGGGCCGGGCCACCGGCAGCUCUAUAAGAGCCAGGCCGGCGGUGGCUUCGGCCGCUCCUUCGCCUACGAGCGGCAGCUGAGCUCUGGCACGGCCACCAAGGCCGCCUGCGACUGGCUGGAUGGCGCCGAGGGGCCGCCGAGCCGCACCAUCCGUGCGCCCGCCAUGCGCACGCUGCAGCGCUUCCAGAGCAACAACCGGUCGCGCCUCAGCACCGGCUCCUUCGGCACGGUGCCGGCAGGAGGCAGCGGCGCCUUCCUGGGGCUGGGGGAGCACAGCUCCCGCGCCCCCUCCGUGCGCAGCCUGGCCGAGUCCGGCCAUCACCUAGCAGAGCCGCGCGCCAUGGAGAUGUACAAUGGGCACAGCACGCUGCUUGGGCACCACGCCGGAGGGUUUGAUGACAUCGACCUGCCCUCGGCAGUGAAGUACCUGAUCGCCAGUGACCCCAACCUGCAGGUGCUGGGCGCUGCCUACCUGCAGCACAAGUGCUACAGCGACAGCAGCGCCAAGAAGCAGGCCCGCAGCCUGCAGGCCAUGCCCAAGCUGGUGAAGCUGUUCAACAGCCCGAACCAGGAGGUGCAGCGCCACGCCACCGGCGCCAUGCGCAACCUCAUCUACGACAAUGCCGAGAACAAGCUGGCGCUGGUGGAGGAGAACGGCAUCUACGAGCUCAUGCGCACCCUGCGGGAGCCCGACGAUGAGCUCCGCAAGAACGUCACAGGGAUCCUGUGGAAUCUGUCCUCCAGUGACAACCUGAAGGAUCGCCUGGCCCGGGACACGCUGGAACAGCUCACAGACCUGGUCCUGGUCCCUCUCUCUGGGCUGGGGGGCUCGGGUGUCAUCCAGCAGAACCCCUCAGAGGCAGAGAUCUUUUAUAACUCCACAGGCUUCCUCAGGAACCUGAGCUCUGCCAGCCAGCAGACCCGGCAGAAGAUGCGCGAGUGCCAUGGGCUGGUGGACUCCAUGAUCCACUACGUGAACAGUUCCCUGGAGGUGGGGAAGUCGGAGGACAAGAGCGUGGAGAACGCUGUCUGUGUCCUGCGCAACCUCUCCUACCGUCUGUACGACGAGAUGCCCCCAUCCUCGCUGCAGCGCCUUGAGGGCCACCGGAGGAACGCUGGCGGCACGGUGACGGGAGAGCUGGUGGGCUGCUUCAGCCCCCAGAGCAAGAAAGCCCGGGAGCACUACCUGAACGCAGACAUUGUCACCUUCACGGAGGUCUCCAAGGACCCCAAGGGCAUGGAGUGGCUCUGGAACCCGCAGAUCGUGGGCAUCUACAACCGGCUGCUGCAGCGCUGCGAGCUCAACAAGCACACGACAGAGGCAGCCUCGGGGGCCCUGCAGAACAUCACAGCCGGGGACCGCAGGUGGGCGGGUGUGCUGAGCCGGCUGGCGCUGGAGCAGGAGCGCAUCCUGAAUCCGGUGCUGGACCGCGUCCGCACCGCCGACCACCACCAGCUGCGCUCCCUCACCGGCCUCAUCCGCAACCUGUCCCGCCAUGCCCGCAACAAGGACGAGAUGUCCACCAAGGUGGUCAGCCACCUGAUUGAGAAGCUGCCAGGGAGCGUUGGGGACAAGGCUCCGCCUGCCGACGUCAUCGUGAACAUCAUCGCCGUGCUCAACAACCUGGUGGUGGAGAGCCCCAUGGCCGCCCGCGACAUCGUCUACUUCGACGGCCUCAGGAAGCUCUUCUUCAUCAAGAAGCGACGGGACAGCUCGGACAACGAGAAAUCCUCCCGAGCAGCCGCCAGCCUCCUGGGAAACAUGUGGCAGUACACCAAGCUCCACCGGGACUUCAAGAUGAAGGGGUACCGGAAGGAGGACUUCCUCAGCCUCUGAGGACACCCUGGGAGCUGGAAUGCCUCGCUGGGAUGCUCCGUGCUGCCGGCCGUGCCGUGGGGAGGCUGCUCGCCGCUGGACCCCUGCUCUGUAGCCAAAUCCCUGAUCCCAUGUGCCUCUACCCUUUGCCAGGUCCCCUUCCCUGGCUGGGGGACACUCGUCCUCCCUCCUGCCCAGCCUUAAAGCCAGAACUGCUUUUGGCUCUGCUGUGGGACCCCACUGGGGUGCUGCCCUGCGGCACCCCUUGGGUGCCUCCCCAUUCUCAGCAGCUGUCUGCGAAACUUGGCUUGUCCUGCAGCUUGACGGGGGCAGGAGCUGCAGGGAUUUGGGGAGGCUCCUGUAGAGCAGUUCUGGGGCAAGGGAGCUUCUGGGGGUGCUUCAUCCCAGCUCCCUGUGCCAGAGGGAUGUUCAUGCCCUGUGCCAGUGUGGGAUGUGCUGUGGGAUACACUUCUGUUCUGCCCUGGCUGGAUGGGGAUGGGGCUUUGCAUGGCUUGGGGGCUUGGAGGGCUCUGAGGUGGCUUCCCACAGUUUAUGGGGUGGCACAGCGCCUGCAGGGAGCUGGGAAGUGACGUUAUGACAGUGCUGUGUUCCCCCUUUGCUAAGUUGGGGUGUGGCUGAUGGGGCUGCCUGUGCCCUCACUGCAGGAAGCCUGGCAGGGCCUCAGGGCCCCAUCUGUCACCCUGUGGGGACUGUCCCAGUGUGGCAGAGCUGCUGCUGUCGCUCCUUACCAGCUGCUGCCAGGGCUGGGCCCUGCUGGUGCAGCAGGAGCCGGAUCCAGGCAGGGCCGUGUUUGCUGAGCAGCAUCACUCCAUGGGUGGGGAGGUGUCCCUGGUGCUGGGUGCAGACGGGUCCAAAGCUCUCUGUGCCACAGUGGUGGCCGGGAG